CCUAGAGGGCCUGUUAGCUCCUGACUUUAUGCACAUGUAUUCUUAGUUGGGUGCUACUCAUUGACUUGGAUAUUUCUGUCUUAAAUAGCUGACAUUGCAUCUUCAAGACUGUCAAAAUGUAGUGGACAAACAUCUGGACUCAUCAGGAGAAACUCUGGUGUGAAUCUUGCCUCUGGUUCUUGCUGGCUGAGUGAUCACAGCACCUGUAUAUCAAUUGUUGUUAAAGCCUGUAAAAUGCUAUGGUGUUAAAGCAUCCCAGGGUAUGAACUGUGUUGAUUAAGGAGUCACCACACGAGAUCAGUCCAAUGUGGCAGAAAGAGCUAGAUCUGGAAUCAAAAGGCCUGGAUUUGAAUCCUAGCUGUGCAGUUGAUAGGUCCUAAAUCCUAGGGAUUGAGUCUGCAGUGGCCAAAGGGCAGGACCACACUGGUGAUCAGCAUGUCAUUUGGCAUUUGAUUGGCUUGGAGUGAGGGCUAUAGAGACCACUAGCAACGAUCUGAAUUACUGAAUAUAAUACUACCAUGGAAAAAAACACGAGUGAUUUGCUUUCGCGCAACAAAAGUGCAUCUGAGGAAACAUUGCACUCGAGCACUGAGGGGGAAGAUCCAUUCCGAGGAAUGGAGCCUUACCUAGUAAGGAGACUCUCCUGUCGUAAUGUCCAGCUUCCUCCGCUGGCUUUCAGACAGCUGGAGCAAGCAGACUUAAAAAGUGAAUCAGAGAACCUACAAAGGCCCACCAGUCUUCCACUGAAGAUUCUUCCACUGAUUGCCAUCACAUCUGCAGAGUCCAGUAGUUUCGACGUGGACAAUGGCACAUCUUCGGGACGGAGUCCCUUGGAUCCCAUGACCAGCCCAGGAUCAGGGCUAAUUCUCCAGGCUAAUUUUGUCCACAGCCAACGCCGGGAGUCCUUCCUGUAUCGGUCAGACAGUGACUAUGACCUGUCUCCAAAGUCCAUGUCGAGGAACUCCUCCAUUGCCAGUGAUAUACACGGAGAUGACUUGAUUGUGACUCCAUUUGCUCAGGUCCUGGCUAGCCUGCGUACUGUACGGAAUAACUUUGCUGCAUUAACCAAUUUACAAGACCGAGCACCUAGCAAAAGAUCACCCAUGUGCAACCAACCAUCCAUCAACAAGGCAACUAUAACAGAGGAGGCUUACCAGAAACUGGCCAGCGAGACCCUGGAGGAGCUGGACUGGUGCCUGGACCAGCUAGAGACCCUGCAGACCAGGCAUUCCGUCAGUGAAAUGGCCUCAAACAAGUUUAAAAGAAUGCUCAACCGGGAGCUCACCCACCUUUCAGAAAUGAGCCGAUCUGGAAACCAAGUCUCCGAAUACAUCUCAAACACAUUUUUAGACAAGCAACAUGAAGUGGAGAUUCCUUCUCCCACCCAGAAGGAGAAAGAGAAAAAGAAAAGGCCGAUGUCCCAGAUCAGUGGCGUCAAGAAAUUGAUGCAUAGUUCCAGUUUAACAAAUUCCAGUAUCCCACGAUUCGGAGUGAAAACUGAUCAAGAAGAUGGACUUGCCAAGGAAUUAGAAGAUGUGAACAAAUGGGGUCUUCAUGUUUUCAAAAUAGCAGAAUUUUCUGGGAAUCGACCUCUGACAGUUAUCAUGCACACCAUUUUUCAGGAACGAGAUUUGUUAAAAACAUUUAAAAUUCCAGUAGACACUUUAAUUACAUACCUGAUGACUCUAGAAGACCAUUACCACGCUGAUGUGGCAUAUCACAACAACAUACAUGCUGCAGAUGUAGUUCAGUCCACUCAUGUGCUGCUAUCCACGCCUGCUUUGGAGGCAGUGUUCACGGAUUUGGAGAUUCUUGCAGCAAUUUUUGCCAGUGCAAUACAUGAUGUGGAUCACCCUGGGGUUUCAAACCAGUUUCUGAUUAAUACAAAUUCUGAACUUGCCUUGAUGUACAAUGACUCAUCAGUCCUGGAGAACCAUCAUUUAGCUGUGGGCUUCAAGUUGCUACAGGAGGAAAAUUGUGACAUUUUCCAGAAUUUGACCAAAAAGCAAAGACAAUCAUUAAGGAAGAUGGUCAUUGACAUUGUACUUGCAACAGACAUGUCUAAACACAUGAAUCUACUGGCUGACUUGAAAACUAUGGUUGAAACCAAGAAAGUUACAAGCUCUGGGGUUCUUCUUCUUGAUAAUUAUUCAGAUAGGAUUCAGGUCCUACAGAAUAUGGUGCACUGUGCAGAUCUCAGUAAUCCAACGAAGCCUCUUCAGCUCUACCGCCAGUGGACAGACCGGAUAAUGGAGGAGUUCUUCCGCCAGGGAGACCGGGAACGGGAACGGGGAAUGGAAAUAAGUCCCAUGUGUGACAAGCACAAUGCCUCAGUAGAAAAGUCACAGGUGGGAUUCAUAGACUACAUCGUUCAUCCUCUUUGGGAGACGUGGGCAGACCUCGUCCACCCCGACGCCCAGGACAUCUUGGAUACAUUGGAGGACAAUCGUGAAUGGUACCAGAGCACAAUUCCUCAGAGCCCUUCUCCUGCCCCUGAUGAUCAGGAGGAAGGCAGGCAAGGGCAGACUGAGAAAUUUCAGUUUGAACUGACUUUGGAGGAAGAUGGCGAGUCAGAUACAGAAAAGGACAGUGGCAGUCCGGUGGAGGAAGACACCAGCUGCAGUGACUCCAAAACUCUUUGUACCCAAGACUCGGAGUCCACUGAAAUCCCUCUUGAUGAGCAGGUGGAGGAGGAGGCAGUGGGGGAAGAAGAGGAGGAGGAGGGCUCAGCAGAACCUUGUGCAAUAGAAAACGAGCAUUCCCCUGACACGUAACAAACAGUAUGAAGACUUUUACUUUCUCCUUUUUUUUUUAAGGGAAAAAAAUAGAAAAUGGUUUCCAAAGUGCAUGUCACAUGCCACAACCAUGGUCACACCUCACUGUCAUCUGCCAGGACACGUUUGUCGAACAAAACUGAACCUGAUUACUCAGCUUGGCACUCAGGAAUAUUGUAACCAGGAUUUUCAACUCCAUGGCAUCAGAACAAGGGGGACAUAUUCAUGAAAAGCAUUUUAACAAGAUCUCAGCUUGGUAGAGCUGAUUCAGCAGCUAGGUUACUCUGCCAUGUUUUCAUGGGAGUAUAUAGCUUGUCAGCCAAAGGCUGAUACGGUUUGGGGUUCGUUUUGUUUUUGUUUAUUUUGUUUUGUUUUAAAGUUUUUUGGAAAUAAGACGGUAUUACAUGACAUGAAGUUUUGUGAAGUUUUUAGAUUACAACCAGAGCAAACUGGGGUUCUAACGGAGGAAACAAGGUGUGAUGAGACACAGCAUGAGUCUGUUACCAGGAGGAAGAUGAGCCACAGAAAUUGCGAAAUUUUCUAAUUUCAAGUCUUCCUGUUAUAUAUGACUGAACAGUGUGGCUCAAAGGGCUACGCUGACCUCUACAUUUUGUAUGAUAUGUAAAACAAGAUCUUUUGUAGAGCUUACUUUUAUUAACAUUAAAAGUAUUGAGGUAUCACCUAUUUAAAAAUAAUACGUUCAGAACUUCAUCUACCACUGGUUAUUUUUUCCCCCUAAGGAGUAACUUGCAAGUUUUCAGUACAGAUCUGUGCUACACUGGAUAAAUAAUUCUAAUUUAAUUUUUUUUUGGCACCUUAAAGUUCAUAGCAAUUAGCUGAUCUGUAGCAAUUCAUUGUUUUAUAUGCCAUUGACUUCCAUAAAAAACAAAAAUCUGAGUUGUAGUAGACCCUUUUGGUAGAAUCCAGUUUACUUUGAUUUUCCUUUAAUUUUUUCCCAAAUGAGCAAAAUUGUAUCUCCCCUGAGCACUUUUCCUUCAUAGUAUAUAGUGAGCAAACCUUGGUUCUAAAGGCCUUCUGUGAGCUUUCUAAUUUUUCUAAAAGCAAACUUCACAGAAACAUUAGUUGGUUGGUUAUGAAGCAAAGCUCGAGAUACGCCUCCUCGGUUGUGUGUUAAACAGGAAGUAGAGCCUUUCCUAAGAUAUGCAAGAAACAUGUUUUAAAAUGGAUGAUGCUACAUUCUUAUGUUCUGUUACAGCCAGCUACCUGUCCUCAGCUGGAGGCUUUGCUGUUGUCUCAGGCUCCUUCCAAACAUAUUGGAAUCUUUGUCCAAGGCAAAUAGGAGAGGUCUGUCUGAUCAGGAAAUUAGAAUCAUUGUGCUUUAGAAAGAAGUUUUGCACGUGUUGUAUUGCUCAAUCUUGUAUAUUAUUUGGAACUCAAAGGGAAGUUGUCAGGUUUCUAGAGAAAGGGAAUAAUUAGUUAGUUGGCUAAGUAAAUCAUUAGGAAUUUUAAAAGAAGUGUCCAUACAUUGGCAGGCCUGAUUGAACCAGUACAAUUUGGUUUCUGUGACUUUUGCUGAAAGAUUUAAAGCCGCAUCUAUUUGAGAGCUGAGAAAAACUUGUAGAAGAUAUUUGCUACCUGCCAGAUUUCUUAAAUCCAUGGUAAAUGUAGGAAAGGGCUUCUAUCUGGCAACAAAUGCUAAAGGCAGAAGAAAUCUACCAAUUCUUAGUUAUGCCUCCUCUUUCCCCCUCACCCCCCAGAAGGGAAUUGGUGAUUCCACUGAUUGAGGUUGGAGGUGGCCUAUUUGUCAGGAUUAACCCUUGGUGAAGGCAGAGAAGGUGCCAUAGGUUCUCAAAGAAGACAUUAAGAUCCUAACUUAGAAAAUGAGAAAGCAAUAGGCAUCUCUGCUUGGUGCUUGUUGCUUCAGCCCUUAGAAAUUUCAUUGAGGUCUGAGAGGUUGAUAGUUUGAGGUCCAAGGUGUUUAUUGAGUAACCAUAACCCCAGAAUGAUGUGACUUUAGAAAGAAAAAAACAAACUAUAAACUUCCCUUCAAGUUCUGUUUUUAAAGAAGAUCUAUAAAUAGAUGGCCAAGAAAGGAGAGGGGAGAACAAAGGAGCCCAGUAAUGGGAUAAGAAACAAAUAAAACAAAAUCCAGCAGAACAAGGACCACUAUGAGAAGUCAGAUCACAGGCCUGAAGAGUAAUUCCAACAGCCUAUGUGCUGGCUGGGGCUGGGGCAGCAUCUCUCUGGUCUCCCUCCAGAGAGCCAUCCUGAUGUUUACAAAGCACCUUCUGGUGGAGAGAUUUCCCUGAAGUUGAUCUAAUAGCCCGUUAAGUGAUUACCUUCCCCUCUCCACGUAUACCUCAUCCCACAACAACAAACAAAAGGAAGAUCUCCAAUCUUACCCUUUGAUCAAUGAUUCCACCUAUAGCAUUUUGUUGUUGUUUUUUGUUUGGGCUUCAGAGUUUGAAAAAAAAAAGUCUUUCCUACUUACUGAAGGAAGGACAGGCAGAGCUUCCUGAUGGUACUGUCUGUGGUUUCUUCUCUUUCCAGCGUGUCCCUUUCAUCCCCAUAAUCUAUAGGGCUUUCCCCCACAGAGUGCCUGUAAUUUUAAAGAAGCAAUAUAAGUACCUAAACAGGUACGGACCUGAAACAAUUAUAUAGCUGCACUAAAGGAAAAAAAAAAGUACUUUUAAAAAUGCCCGCAUGCUGUGAAAGAUGACCACAGAUGGACAAUCGUACCUUUGAAAGGGCCUAACUACAUAGAGCUACGGAUCUAAUGCAUCGUACAAUCCUCUUUAUCCCCCUUUCUUGCCAAAGUGUGCUCGAACGUCACAUGGCUACUUCAGGAGGAAAAAAAGAAUUCCUUCUAUGGGUAGCUUUCCUUUUUGUUUUUUUUUUUUUCAUGCAUAAGAAAGGGGAAUAUUUGGGUACUGUAAGGGGAUAAAAGAAUCCAAGUUUGCCUAAAACCAGUACAUUUUAGCUUGCAAGUUACUUAACACAGUAAUGCUGUUUUUAUUUUCAUUGUUUUCCUGGUGUUAUUGUUAAAAUUCAUGAUGAGAUAGUAUAGUUAGAACAAAUGGCAAAGAGAAAAAAAAACUUGAAUGAAAUGGAUUUUACGGAAAGCUUUAUGGUAAUUUUUGAAUGCAUUAUUUAUUUUUUUGUGCCAUACAUUUUUUUUCUCACCAAAUGACCUUACCUGUAAUACAGUCUUGUUUGUCUGUUUACAACCAUGUAUUUAUUGUAAUGUACAUACUGUAAUGUUAAUUGUAAAUUAUCAGUUCUUAUUAAAACAUCCCCCAUGACUGGGUGGUGUUGGUAUAUUUGGAAACUCUUGGUGAGAGAACAAAUGGUGUGUAUACAUACUCCUUGUACAUGUUUUUUUUUUUUUCCUCUUGUAACAUAGUCUGUGUCACCUUAGAGCUUGUUUAUGGAAGAUUCAAGGAAAACUAUUAUAAAAGUUAUAUAAAUAAAUUAAAAAAAAAAGCUGCAGGUCUUUGGUCCCAGGGCUGUGCCUUAACUUUAAACAAUAUUAUCUUCUGUUUUGCUGCAUUUGAAAGUAAGGUAACAGUGGGGCUAGGGCUGGGCAUUCCAACCAGGUUACUUUUAGCUGAUUGAAUUAUGAGCAAUAGCUGUUUUUUUUACAAAACCACAACCAACUUUGGAAAGUUUAACCCCCUGUUGAAAUAUUAGCUUCUAUUUGCAAUGAAACAGCACUGUGGACACAAUUCUUCUAGUAUCGAUCAGCAACGAUUUCAAUCAGUCCCUUGAUUUCAUUCCCUUAUUUUAAAACACUACAAGAUAAACACACUAGAUAGCUAACAAUAAGAAACUUUCUUGACUUCAAGAGCACAUAUGAACAUGAAUAUGAAGUGACAUGAGAAUCACAAAUUAUAUCUACAUAUAGCUAUUUAUUUUUUCAUCUUCCAAGAGCUAUUAUUCUUUAACCACUGUUUCCUCAUAGAGUAAAGAUUAUUAUUAUUAUUAUUUUUUAGCCCAGGAACUUUCUCUAGUAAAUAGCAGCCAAACCUGUCCUUUUAUGUAUAUGAAUCUGUCUGCUCACAGAGGUUACAUAGAAUAGAAAUGCACAGAGCAAAAAGCACUCCUCUUUAAAACGUGUUUCAGUAUAGCUGGUAUUUUGAAAUUUUGGAAUUUAACCAUUUCUGGUGGCCAACUCCUAAGUGCUGCAUGCAUUUCCUAGUGUAAGAUGUGGGUUGCUCUUCUUUCUACCGCUGAUGCCCAGCCCUUGAAAUAUGUGACUGUUCAGUGAAAGGAGAGAUUCUUUUUCAAGGGAAAACAGAGCCUCCUUUUUUGACACAAACUGUAGAUUUUAGCAGCCCUGGCCCAAAGGAAUUUGAUUACUUUUGUUUUAAACAGUAUAAAAGGGACACUGUAACUUCAAAGAAACAAAAAAUCCUGGACAGUUUCCAUUGUUUUUAAUUUGGUUUUUUCCUUUGGGUAUGUCUUCAGAGUGGCAACUUGUAUGUGAACAUUACAAAUGAUUCUCCUGUUUCUUAGCCUCUCUUACAGCCCAUGGGAUAGUACUGUACAUCAAAUACCUUCAUAUGAAAUUUUUAUAUGCAAUGAAAAUAAAAGCAUGGGUUGAUUCUGCCUAGCUA